CGUAGAUGAGGUGCGACAAUCAACAACAGCAUACUUUUAUAAAAGGUCAGAGAGGAGUUGUUUGUUACAGCUACAGACAACUUUGUCAUGUUGCGCCUCUUCACUUCAGCCAGAAGACGCAUCGUCUCAGCGGGCCUAAUGGUUGACGGGUGGACAGGUUGUUCACGAGCAGCCAGCGGAGCAGUGACGGAAAAAGAGCCACUGAAAAAAGCUAAAACGCCAAAGGGUCGGUUUGACAGUCCAGACGACAAAACCAAAGAUGUUCUGGAAAAGUUCCCUGGCGAUGUUAACCCUUUAACCAAGGAGCAGGGAGGCCCUCGGGGUCCAGAACCCACCCGUUAUGGAGACUGGGAAAGAAAGGGCCGCUGUGUGGACUUCUAGUGCAUUAUUGAUAAAUCUGAUGUGUCAAAUCUGCAUUAUGAAUAUUUAGAGUCAGUGACACUUCUUAAAUAAUUUUUGUUUUUGCAAGAAGUCAGUGUUAAAGGACUACAGAAUGUAAGAAGACACACACUGUUUCUGCCUAUCACUGUAUUCAUACUUCUAAACAUGCAUGACAGCCAAAACCAAUGUUUUGCACAGCGUGUUAAGUGUUCCCUUGCUGUUAAUGUAAAAUAUCAUCUGAAAUAUGAAAUAUGAUUGUUGUAUUAUUGCAGGUGAGUGUGAACUGGUCCUGUGUCGAUUAAUAAAAGGAAAUGUGAGUCUU